AUGAUGGAGAUACAGAAAGCAGCUGAACUCUGUUUUCCACAACUCCUCAACAGUUCCUGCAGGAAGCCGACACUUCACUGGUCCAGAGCUGUGCUCCUAAACACUGUGCUGUCCUUCAUCUCUCUGAUCACUGCUGCAUUAAACCUGCUCGUCAUCAUCUCAGUCUCACACUUCAGGCAGCUCCACACACCCAGUAAUAUCCUCCUCCUCUCUCUGGCUGCCUCAGACUUUCUCGUGGGUCUCCUGUUGAUGCCAUUAGAAAUGUUUAGAAACACAACCUGCUGGGUACUUGGUGAUCUUGUGUGUUCUGUUUAUUGGUAUCUGUCCGCCAUUCUAAUCUGCACUUCAGUAGGGAACGUAGUUCUCAUAUCAGUUGAUCGCUAUGUGGCUAUUUGUGACCCCCUGCAUUACCACACCAGAAUUACUGUAGCAAGAGUCAAACUCAGUGUUUGUCUGUGUUGGUUUUAUGCUAUUUUGUACAGCAUUCUUUAUACAAAGGAUUUCCUACUUAAGCCAGGCAGGUAUAAUUCCUGCCAUGGAGAGUGUCUGGUUGUUAUCACUGAGAUUGCAGGGAUUGUUGACCUUGUUUUAACAUUUAUUGUUCCAGUUUCUGUCAUCAUAGUUCUGUAUAUGAGAGUGUUUGUGGUGGCUGUGUCUCAGGCUCGUGCCAUGCGCUCUCAUGUUACAGCUGUCACACUUCAGCUUUCACUGAAUCAAACAAACAGAUCUGAGCUGAAAGCAGCCAGGACUCUUGGGGUUCUUGUAGUUGUGUUUCUCACAUGUUACUGUCCAUCUUAUUGCUAUGCUUUUGUUGUACAAGACAUAGCCAGUAAUCCAUCUACAUUUUUGUUUAUCAUUGUCUUUUAUUUUAACUCUUGUCUAAACCCUUUGAUCUAUGCCCUGUUUUACCCCUGGUUUAGAAAUGCUGUUAAACUUAUCAUCACUCUGAAGAUACUGCAUCAUAACAGCAGUGAGGCCAACAUAGUAUAA